AGCUGCUCGUGCGGAAGCAGCCGCGGAAGAAGGGACGGCUUGAAGCCCAGCUGCUGCACGGCCCCCCGGCCCGGCCAUCACUGAGGUUCACGGGGCCGGCGGCGACCCCCGGCUCCAGACACUGAGCACCGCGUCUAUGGCCACCACGGCGGCUCCGUCCUCCUUGGCUCUCAGGGCCCCGAGCCCAGUGGCGGUCCCCGGCUCGUACGGAGUCUUCUGCAAGGGGCUCUCUCGCACCUUGCUCGCCUUCUUCGAGCUGGCCUGGCAGCUGCGCAUGAACUUCCCCUACUUCUACAUCGCGGGCUCCGUGCUCCUCAACAUCCGCCUGCAGGUACACUUCUAGCUCCGCGGCGGUGGCGGCGGUCGCGGCCGCGGCCGCCCGCAGUAUGGCGGACUCCCAGAAGGCCCCGCGCGGAGUUGGAGCCCGGCCAGAGGAGCCGCGCUGUCCCGGCGAGAGUGUUGGGCCUCCUGCGCGGCUGUGCUCUUCGUUCCCCGCAGAGCGCCCCGACGAUGGCGGCGAGCGGUGAUGCGCCACCUGUCAGAAGCCCUCGCUUCCAGAAAAAAGACUACGUCAGCUAUGGUAGUGCAUGCUUGCAACAGGACGAACGGUAUGCGUUAUUUAAAAAAAAAAAAAAAAAAAACAAUAAAGGUUACUGACAUGUUCAGAAAACAGAAUAAUGCACCACAAAUUCCAGGUCCAAAGGAAAAUAAAGCCUGAAUGUCGGGACUAUUGGUGGGCGCGCCUCAGGAUGCUGACUAAGAAGCGGAAGGUCUUUAAGGAUGGAGGGCGGACCUGUUUCUUCAAGACUUUCAGUCACAGCCACUCUACGGGAGACGCCUGCUUUCAAAAACUGUUGCACCCCAGUUUGGAUUUUUUUCUGCCCUGAGGGUUGGGGUGUCGCAGUGCCCCCGUGAACAGCCCAAAGCAGAGGAACAUCCGAAGCGCAAAGCAGUUUUAGAGUCAGAGUUCUAGGUAGAUCAUUCCAGCUGUGGAAAUGCCGUUUGUUGCUUUUUCUUUCCUCCUUUAGAAGUAUUAGGACGCAGAUGCUGUCAGCCUUGCAACUGCGAAAGGAGGGUUUGCUAGUGGGGAUGCUGAAGGGGGGGUGGGGAGGGACAGUUUAUUAUUUAACCAACUAGCCAUGAAGUUGCUAAAAUGCUAAUAGAAAUAAAUGGAAGGAAAAGAAGAGAGAAGAGGGGUGUAAUAAUGUCUGCAGAUGAAGAGUUGGUGGAAUAGCAAAUAAAGCAAGUUGAUUGUGUUUAGGUGAAGAGGUGAUCUGCAGCAUGAAUUACUGGCCUUUUCUUGCUAUUAUUAUUAAGGAUGCAAAGCUGAGGUAGUUACAGACUCCAGGAAAAGAAAGUUUCCCAGAACUAUGCUGCUUAGCUCAUCUGUGACUAAGACCCCUCAGAGAAAUUCUGUCAGAAUUAUGUAACCAGUGCGUGUAGAUAUGACAAAUUAUUAUGAGUUGGGGAGAUACCAUAAUGGUUCAGCAAGAUUUUCAUGCCUGAGGCUCCUGGGUCCCAGGUUCAAUACCCAGCACCACAAUAAGCAGGAGCUGAGCAGCAGUGCUCUGAAUUUAAAGAAGAGAUUUUAUGGUGGGGGGUGGGGGGGGGUGAAAGUAGGGAGGAGAAAUGUGUUUAAUGAGAGAAUAAUGAUCUAGUCUAGAAAAGUCAAUAAAAACCGUAUGGACAUGUUACUCCAGAAACUUGAGCUGCUAGGAGUUAAAAAGUGGUUACAAACCUCUGAAGUAAAGUCAGGGAUGGGUGGGUAGAGAAGAAACCGUGGGACGGGUGUUUUUCACUACCAGUCUAGCAGUAUUGUUUGAUUUCCCUUAACUGUGUCUGUAUUUCUUUGAUUAAAGUUUAAUUUUAAAAAGAUUCAGUUUUAAAAAUGGCAAUUUGAACGUACAUCAUUGGUUAAGAGCCAUCAGAGUAAAAUGGUAUGUAGUUUUCAAAUUGAGCAGAUCUCUUACAAGGCAAGAUAAUCUGGUGGUCAUCAGCCUACAUCUCAGUUUUCUUGCCUGG